AUGGCGCACCACGCUGAGGAUGAUAGCUAUCACCCGAAGGAUGCGAUCUCGACCGCAAUCAGGGCAUUGACCAUCACUGGUGGUAUUGGCUUUAUUGGAGCCGCUGCCCAGGUCACCAUCCACAAGCAGAACAUGAGCCCUCUCGCCGUGGUUACUCGAUUUGGAGGCACCAUUACCAUGCUCGGUGGAAUGGGUGGCACAUACGCCUUCGUGAGGGCCGCCUCGGCCAAUUUGCGCGAGAAGGAUGACCCUUGGAACACCGCGGUGGCUGGCUUCUCUGCUGGUGCUCUGCUGGGCCUGCGAGCCCGCACUUUCCCCGCCGUUCUCGGCUACGGUGCUGCCACUGCCACUGCCAUGGCCGCCUUCGAUUACACCGAGGGAUUUUUCGGAUACUCGAAGAACAAGGAGGAGGAUGAAUUCGAGCGCCGCCAGAAGCUGCGCAAGGCUUACCAGACCCCCGCGGAGCAGACUUUCGCGGAACUCGGCGAGGGACGUGGCAUUACCGGCCCUAACUACGAGGAGCGCCGCCGGGAGCGGAUCAAGGAGGCGUAUGGCAUCGAGGUUCCCACAUCCCCGGUUCCUGCAUCAUAA